UAAUAUUAAGUGCACGUUUUGUUUCGCUGUUAUCUGGGGAAAAUCUAUUUUAAGUACUUUUGUCUAAAUUUACCACGAGAAGGGGAAAGUUCAAUAUCCAAAAUGAAAGGUCCAGUCUCCCGGGGAUAUAUUCUUGAGGUUUAUAACAAUCACUUUCAACUCCCGGAACUAGGUCCAAUAGGAGCAAAUGGUUUGGCUAAUCCGCGCGAUUUUCUAACUCCUGUUGCAUUGUUUGAAGAUAAUGAUGAAGAUUUCCAGAUUAUCUGCAAAUAUCAAGGAAAGCUUUUUUCUGCCAAACAAUCACAUUCACCAUUUGAUGUUGUAGCUUGGCAUGGAAAUUAUGUCCCCUUCAAGUAUGAUUUGUCAAAAUUUAUGGUCAUAAAUUCAGUCAGCUUCGACCAUUGCGAUCCUAGCAUCUUUACGGUUCUCACUUGCCCAAGCUUUCGUCCAGGCACUGCUAUUGCGGACUUUGUAAUAUUUCCACCAAGAUGGGCUGUACAAGAACAUACUUUCCGGCCGCCAUAUUAUCACAGAAACUGUAUGUCAGAAUUCAUGGGAUUAAUCUUUGGAAAAUAUGAAGCAAAAAGUAACGGGUUUUUACCUGGAGGCGCUACUCUUCAUUCUAUUAUGACACCGCACGGUCCAGAUUAUCAAUGCUUCGAGAAUGCAUCUCGUGUAGGUUUAAUACCUGAAAGGGUUGCUGACAAAACACAGGCUUUUAUGUUCGAAUCAGCGCUGAACCUAAGAAUAACUAAGUGGGCAGAAAAAACAUGUCAAAAAUUGGAUGAGCAGUAUUUUGAAUGCUGGAAGGGGCUGAAGAAAAAUUUUAAUAUUUAAUUAUUGUUAAUAUUUAUACGAUUUAAGGGAACUUUGAAUAAUAAAAAGCAUUA